AUGACACAAAUCCCUCAAAUUACGCAACUUGCAAGUAACGCUGGAAUCCAGAUUGAUGAACUCAAAGCAGAUCCUAAUAGCCAGGGUUUAGCAGUUAUAAGUGAUUAUUUCCAACAAAACUUCGGAGAUUCUUCCAAGCUCUUUGUACAGCCAGAUCAGCAUAGUGUCACCAAAGAAAAGGAGCGUAUUGCUGAAAGAUUAGGUUCUUUUAAUCCCAAAGACAACGCAGUUUGGCAUGAAAUUACACAGAGGUUUGGAGCAAACAUUAAGCAGCCCGAACUCCUUAGUAUUGCUAAUGUUUUAGCUCAGAACGCUUCAAUUAAACUAGAUCGUGAUGCAAAAAGAAGAAAGUCUGUUCUUAUUAAGUGGUUUGAAGAGAAUUGGAACGCGAUUCAGCCAUAUUUAGCUUAUGUUGUCUUAGAAGAUACAAAAGCGGAGUAA